AUGGCGUUCAACCUUCGUCCGAGUUCGAGGGACCCCUCACCGCAAUCUCAGAUGAGAGACCAGCAGUACAGCGUCUCGCCGGUCUCACCGAAUCUCUCCCGGCGCACAUCGGAGACACGGCUGGGGCCAACUGAUGCGGAGAGGCCGUCAUCGGAAAGCCGAGUCAAGCGCGCCGGCGGCGCUGAGGCCCAAGUUGCUGAAGUCAACGACCCGCUAGUAUCUGUUGAUGGGCAGAAUCAGACAAGAUCGUACAAGCCCGUUGCCACAGAUGACCAGGCCCACGGCAAGAUCUCAGGUCGCAAAAACUACAGUGCCACGGCACCCACCAUCUUCGCCGACUUCGCUGUAGUUAUCUUGCCGUUAGCUGUCAUCGUCUUCAUUGUACUAGUAUGGCGUCUCGACGGCUCACAAGUUGGAGACGAUCUCUCAGCCUGGGAGAACGCAAUCACCGUGCUUGCCACGGCAUUCCCUAUCCUCUUUGCGUCGGUUAUUGGCCGUCUGAUGUCGGAGGCUGCUCGCUGGAAGCUUGAGAAGGGAGGAACCAUGGGCUUCCUCGAGCAGCUCAUGGGCAGCAGGACCGUUGGCUCAACUGUGAUCACCCUUUUCCAACUCCGAACGUUGAAUUUCGUUGCUAUUGGACUGUUCCUCGUCUGGGCGUGUUCACCCCUGGGAGCACAAGCCUUCCUGCGUAUGAUGGACACGAGUCUCGUACCUGAUCCCAGCCCCGUCGACAUAGCCUAUUUCGACACGCAAGCGCCUCUCGCAGAUGGCGUAUCGUCGGGACAGGGCAGCAGCGUCGUGGACAGUCUGAACAGACCGAAGCUUGCGAGUCUGGCAACACUGUACACAAUCCUCGUCGGAACACCGAAGGCGAAUAAAAUCGACGCCAUGGACCUGUGGGGCAACGUGAGAAUCCCUUACUUGAGUGAGGAUGCAGAUAGUACGUGGAGGAGCAUCUCGAGCAACCCCGAAGAGGUCGAAUACUCGUCGCUGGCCGGUGUUCCAGUUCACUAUGCUGGAACGGGAAACGCAACCUUUUCUCUGGAGUCGAGUUACAUCCGCCUCGUAUGCCCAAACGCUACCAAGUUCCCCGCUUCGGAUAUCGCCAAGGGCACUGCGAACAGGACAGCCAAGGCCAACGUGACGACCGAUUACAUGACGGAGGAAUACCCUAAUGGAACAUGGCGAGGAUACGACUACCAACGAGGGUCCGGAGGCUACAUCUCAACUCAAUGGGGAAUUGCCAUUGACAGGUUCGUCGACCUGUACUGGAUAACCCAUGGAAAGGAGGGACAGGGAUGGGACUGGAUGCCAGCAUAUGCAGACAACGGAAGCCUGGCCAUGUUUUCCAACGAGACCGGAAUCACCGCAGGCCCGACGAAAUUUCUACUUCGAAUGGCUCUGGCUCAACCUCAAAUCACCAAGAAGAACCGCGACAACCUGGAGAUCAGUUGCGACAUCACCCAGAAGUACGUCGAGUCACGCGUCAGUUGCUCGUACCUCGCGGGCCAGCGAUCUUGCCGAGUCAUCGAGCAGCGAUUGUCACAGAAGACCCAUGCGCCGGAGCAAAUCACCCAACUAUCUUUCCCUCGAUCUUUCGACUUCUUCGCCGGCGAGAUGCCGGUCGCCACAGGCCGGGAUAUGACCGGCUUCAUCGAUCCGACUUUGUACUAUCUCAAAGACCCGACCUACGAAAACAUUUCUUCUGGCACGGCAGUCUUGAUGGAUGAGCUCGACACCUCGAAAGUCGGCGCACGCUUUGGACAGCUGCUCAACACGUAUCUCACCCUUAGCCAAGUUUCCAGCACGAUUGCAAACACCAGCACCGAAGCGGAUGCCGUUUUUCAGCCCAACAUCACCUUCAUAGGGGAGUCGUCGACCCUGCUGGAGACAUACGUCAUCUCAAAGCUGUGGAUAUCACUUUGCUUGCUGUCUGCCGUCGUUCUUCUGGCGGGAGGCAUUCUCAGCGUCGUGUUCAUCCACUUGACCCACGGCCCUGAGAUUCUCGGCUACGUCUCUACGACGAUCCGGAACUCGAAGUACAUUGAUCUGCCGUCAAGUACAACUUGGCUGGAUGGUUCGGAACUGACCAAUGAGCUGAAGAAGUUGAGGAUACGGUACGGGUUCAUUCGCGACGAGUCGAGGCAGCCGAUUAUGGCCGUCGGCCACGAAGAGGAAACUGCUUGGAUCAAAGAUGUUCUAGCUAGGAAGUAG